AUGCCCCUUCCCCCUACAUUCGUUCUUAUUGCUGCGAAACAUAGUAUCGGAGCGCCCAUCCCGUUCAACAACACCGAUUUUAUCAACGCAUUCGCUCAGUCGUUCACAUCGUUUGCGAUCUCCCUUGAUCCCAAUGUUAAAGUCGAUCCAUCCAAUAUCACACCUCGGUGGAAUCUGUACAACAUUCAUAAUACCGAGAUGGUGUUCAAUAAGACAGACGAGGAUUUGCCUGAGGUCCAUCCUAUCGAAAGUAACGAAGCAUUGCUGAAGAGAUGCAGGUUCUGGAAGUCUGUUGGUGCUCUUACUGGACAAUGA